AGAGGUUGCGAUCACCAUCUACGCGCUUGCGCAGAACAGCAGCCGAGAAAAAUGGCGGUGUCCCGGUUUUGCAGACUGAAUUUGUCGAAAAAUCUUCAAUUUUCCGCGUCGCACAGAAACCCCAGAUUUCCAGGGACUACCAACAGUUCUCUCAUAGUUUACUUCAGAAGUUUAUCGCAUUUUAGGGCGCCAGUAUGUGGAUGUCAAGCCAUUUUAACCGGCAGAAUAGCACAACCGUGGCAAAGGGCACCAGAAGGAAUAGCAGCGUUCCAUACCUCCUCAGUUUGCACACAGAGAAAAGACUUUUACAAAAUUUUAGGAGUUUCAAAAAAUGCUUCACAGAAAGAUAUAAAGAAGGCCUACUAUCAGUUGGCAAAGAAGUGGCAUCCAGACACAAACAAGGACAAGGACGCUGGGAAGAAGUUUGCAGAAGUUGCAGAAGCAUAUGAGAUAUUAGGUGAUGACCAGAAGAGGCGUGAAUACGACACGUUUGGUUCGGCUGGUGCAUUCGGCGGUGCCGGCGCCAGUACGGGCCACGGGUUCUCCCAGAGCCAGUGGUCGACAAAUGUGGAUCCGGAGGAACUGUUCCGCAGGGUGUUCAGCGAGUUCUCCAACGCGGGAAGAGGGUUCCAGGGCUUCGACUUUGAGUCACAAUUCGAGCAACCACAAGAGUUUGUGAUGGACCUGACCUUCACCCAAGCGUGCCGAGGGGUUAACAAGGAGCUGAACUUCAGCAUGAUGGACACCUGUCCCAGAUGUAAGGGCAACAAGGCAGAGCCAGGCACCAAAAUCACUCGCUGUCAGUACUGUCAUGGCACUGGACAGGAAACCAUCAACACGGGUCCGUUCAUGAUGCGCUCGACCUGUCGGCGUUGUCGGGGUCAGGGCACCAUCUACACCACCCCCUGUAUCGUCUGCAGGGGACAGGGCAAGACUCAGCAGAAAAAAUCUGUCAUGGUGCCUGUACCUGCAGGUGUUGAGGAUGGACAGACUGUGAGAAUGCCCAUGGGAAGUAAGGAGCUCUUCAUCACAUUCAGGGUUGCGAGGAGUGAGUACUUCCGGCGUGAAGGUGCAGACAUCCACACAGACGCAGCCAUCUCCAUCGCUCAGGCCAUUCUCGGAGGGAACAUGCGCAUCAAGGGCAUAUAUGACAACGUCACAAUCGAUAUCCCGCGUGGCACCCAGUCCCACACUCGGCUGAGACUGCCAGGGAAGGGCAUCAAACGUGUGCAGGGGUACGGCUACGGAGAUCACUACGUACACAUCAAGAUUAAAGUACCAGAUUCCUUGUCCUCCAAGCAGAAGGCCCUGGUCAUGGCGUAUGCAGAAGAGGAGAGUGAUGUGGACGGGACAGUCCAGGGCAUCACUAACACUCAGGAUGUUGAGAAAACGCGAGUUCAGGCUAGUGUGGGGGAUACAGAGGAGGUAGAGCAGAAGGAGGGAGGGGGAGUCCUCAGCAAGCUUAAGGACAAGGUUCUGGGGUGGCUGGGCAACCUUCAACGGUAGCACGAUUUCUUAGAGGUGGGAAACAGGCUAUAGAAGAUGAGGAAGGUCUGCUGGCCAAGGUGAAGUCUGUACUUUGUGGAGACUGGAUACCCAAGCGCAAGAUCGGACAGAACUAAAGAUCUAAAGCAACAACCA